AGACGGAAGUUCGUUUUGGUAUUGUGUUGAUAUAAACACGUAAAUAUAUAUAUAUAUAUAUAUAUAUAUAUGUACGUAGAUUCAUGUUUAUGCUGAUCGUAUAUCUCUUGUGUUGUUCGUACAUUCAGUUGAUGUUUUUCUACUGCGUCGGCAAAGUUUUGCCGGAAAUGAUGUAGCUUUUUAGAAUCAGAAAGUGACCGAUCAUCCAAAAGUUACAUUGAUGGGACGAAUUCGUGUGGUCAGCUGAUGAGAAAACAUGGACACAUUGUCUAGCCACAGCUCAUACCUCCUCCAGCAAUUGCAAGAGCAAAGGAUACAGGGAUUACUCUGUGACUGCAUGCUGGUGGUCAAAGGAGUAUGCUUCAAGGCCCACAAAAACGUCCUGGCUGCAUUUAGUUCCUAUUUCAGGUCCUUGUUCCAAAAUUCGCCAAGUCAGAAAAAUGACGUAUUCCAGUUGGCCAUUCAAGAUGUUGGGGGAAUCGGUCAGAUACUGGACUACAUGUAUACCUCCCACCUGGAUGUCAAUCAAGACAGUGUGAAGGCCUUAUUGGAUAUUGCCCAGUACUUGCAGGUCCCCAACGUACAGAACAUGUGCAGCACAUACCUUAAACCCUCUCUUCCAGGUGUGGAGAACCCAUCAUUCUCUCUGUCCAGCGCCCUCACCUCUGAUCAUGACUGCCUCCUUGAAACAGGUCUUUCUCAAGAUGUAAACAUCCAUUGCCCUUCUACGGAAGCCCAAAAGUCUGUUUAUGGCAGUGGUGAUAUUGACCAUAACAAGAGACUGCCUAUCACAGUGCCUCAGGGUACUGCUACCGAGACAACAGGAAAUGCUCAGGCCACUCCAGAGAAGCAACUGGUCCAUGGGUACAAGCUACGCAACUUUUAUAACAAGCAGUACAAACAGAGGGCCAACACUGAAGGCCAAGGUCCUCUGGUGGUCCUCGAAGUGCAGCAGUUAGAAUUUGGGGUCACCCAACCUGGGAGUAUACCUGUCUGUUCUGGGAAUACAGUUCAGUCAAACCCUCCAUGUCCUCCAACGCAAAUUGAAAAGAGUUUUAAUUUGAGCAUGCCCUCUUUAGAAACUUUAGCCACUCCUAACUCUGAAGGAAUGGACUCUGCAGUCAACAAGCUAGUACGGCCGAAAAAGCCUGUGUACUUGAAGAAAUAUAAUUACCUGCGGUCCCAGAAGGCCCUAGAAGAGAUGUGUGUCGAACCAAUCUCUGAGCCAGUUUUCAGCACCAAAGAGAAGCAAGAUAAUCCAUUGGCCCAUGAUGAACUUCCAGAAGUCAGUGUCGACUGCCUCGCUGUAGAAGGUAAAGUGGUGUUGGAGUCAGUGAUAAACACUCAAGUUUCUAGUUCCCCGACUGCUGAUCAAGAGGAGCCUAAUUCAAAAGCCGUCAAUGACGUUGCUGAAGUGGCAGGACAUAAGGAGUACUGCUGUAUUAUCUGUGGGAAGAUCUUUAAACACCCGAGCAACCUUGAGCUUCACAAGCGGUCUCAUACAGGUGAAAAGCCAUUUCAGUGUAAUAUGUGCGGGAAAAACUUUUCACAGGCAGGUAACUUGCAAACACAUUUGCGGCGACACUCUGGAGAGAAACCGUACAUCUGUGAACUCUGUGGGAAAAGUUUUGCUGCCUCGGGUGAUGUCCAGCGACACAUGGUGGUGCACACAGGAGAUAAGCCGCAUCUGUGUGAUAUAUGUGGACGUGGAUUCAGCAACUUCAGCAACUUGAAGGAGCAUAAAAAAACCCACACUACAGAUAAGACGUUCACAUGUGACCAGUGUGGAAAAUCUUUCAACAUGCAGAGGAAGUUGUUGAAACACAAGGUCCGACAUUCUGGAGAGAAGCCACAUCACUGUGAUACCUGUGGGAAGCGCUUUAUCGGCUCAGGUGACUUGCAGCGACACGUGCGGUCACACACUGGCGAAAGGCCCUACAUCUGUUCAUGCAGCAAGAGCUUCACUCGUUCUGCGCUUCUGAGGAGACACAGUAUGCACUGCAAAGGGACCACAGAUUCCAGCCCAGCCGUAGCGGUCUACAAAAAGCCAGGUUGUUCGAACGGUCCUCUAUUCCCCAAACUGUCCCGUCAUAGCAAACUGCGUACCACUACCGCCGAGCAGCCUUUCCCCGGAAUUAUGUCCCACCCGACACUGGACAAGUCCUCACCAUCACCAACACAUGUAGAAUCUCCAGAUCUCAGCAUGCACCGUGGCGCCCCACCUACCUCAAACACUCUCCCAGAACUGCAGUCCUUUGUCCCCCAUCACCUCCUCUCUUCCUCUCAGCAGGACAAGUGCCUCCCUCCCCCCCCCCAACACCCACCAGAACUUCUAAAGUCCAAACCUCAUCUACCUCAAGAGGGCGUCUAUGGCCCUUAUUUGGAAAAUGGAGCAGCAGGGUCGAUGCAGGCGGGUCCAGUGACUCGAGGAGGGAUGGGGAAGCAUUACUUACCUGAACCGGAUAAUACCUGUGGACAACCAGUGGCAAACAGGCCCACUGGUGCACACAAUAGGACCCACGAAGGGCAGUUUUUCUCUAGUGUGACACUGUGGGGUUUGGCAAUGAAAACACUGCAAAAUGAUAAUGAUAUGGAGUGAAAUGUGGGUGAUGUUCAUAGGGGUGCAUCCUAAUUGUACAGUGUAGCCUGUACUUGUUUUACAGAGGACUCUUAAUGUAAUAAUGUUGCGGUAGCAUUUAUUUUUUGACAUUAAUGGUCGUAGUUGGUCAUUUCUGGCACCUCUGUCCACCACUACAGUAAAUGGAACACAAUGUUGUAAUAUUAAAGCUUAUUUUAUAUACCCAUAAGCAAUGUAUAGGUUUUGUGAAAUACAGUCACUGAGGAUUAUAUAUCAAUAUAUGUGCAUGGCCAUUAAAUAAUUUUUUUGUAAUGUUUAUAAUAUUGUUCUCAGGUAUUUGUGUAUGAAUUACUGCAUUGAGAGACUGAAAGAGACUGAAAGCAAUUCAAAUUUCUCAUUUUAACGAUUAAAACCUUAUUACAUAGAGUCCCUUUUGUAUCUUAAAAACCUUUCCUUAUAACUUUCUUUUGAUCUUCUCUGCCUGUGACCUUGUUUGACAGUUCUGACUUUGGUGAUUGUUUCCCUGAGGUAACAUGACAUCUUGGUUUGGCAGGGAAUACUUUGGAAACAGGGCAGUUGCCAGUGUAAUUGCAGCUGUGGAGAGUACAGUUGACCUGUAAUUUCCAAUUUAAGCGGUAAGGUGGUAACCCUGCCCCUCCUACAAGGAUUCUUCCAGAUGAAUGUUGGGAGUUUUCCAAGAAGUGAUGUACAGUUAGAGUGUGUGCUGGAAAGGUCAGCAAGUGGGCCCUGUAAUGUGCUGUACAAAGCUAUCCGGGGUGCUGUUUCAGGUGCUGACCGGGGCUUCUCCUGCCUCUGCGCUCAGGUUGUCACACUACACAAACACACUGCCUGUUUUACUGGUCAACCAACUGGCAUUUCUCUUUAACAACCUCUUUAUGGCUGUUUCAUUAAUUGUGUAUUUGGAGGGUUCCACCCAUUCCAUACAGACAUGAUACACAUACAAACAUAGCACACAUAACAAACAUACAGUGGUAAGAAGAAUACAGAGGCAGACACAUAAGGCACACGCCGUGUAGCUAACGUUUCCCUGUGUUGUUUUCAUCCCUGCCAUUGGCAUCUUCUUCCUUUUUCAUCUUUAAUGAUCUUGAUCCAUGUUAGAAAAGUGUAUUUCUUUAAUAUUGUUACACUGUUGAUUGACUUAAAUUGCCACUAAAUCAAAUCUUAGUAAUUCAUGGGAAGUCGGAGCUCUGAUUUAUGGGGUAGUAUGGCGCAGAUAGGGAUAGUGUCACGUCCAUGUCCGUGUCCCAAUGUUUUCCCUGUGUGUUCUCCGUGUCUGUGAUUACCUUCAUCUGUGUCUGUGUGUUAGUUUUGGUUUGCUAAUUGAUUGGAUUAGUUUCACCUGUCUCUGGUUUGGUCCUUGUGUGUAUUUAUGGUUUCUUCCUUGGUUUGUCUUUGUCUGAUCCUUGUCUUGAUGUGUGAGUAGUUCCCUGUGUUCCUGAAUACUUUGAUUAAUAAACCCUUUCUUGGU